ACAGAGUGCGAGUCAUGGUUCUCUACAUCUUCUUCGCCUUAAAUCUCAUCUUUCCUUUCUGGCUAUCCUCUGCUCUCACGUCGAAUGAAGAACCUUAUUCGAGCUAUACAUGGUCGAAUAACAAUUCGAUAACUGACACCAUCAACUAUGGAGACAGCUCCUUCGCGAGGUUAAUCCUUCAGACGGAGAACUCCGAUCCGGACAUUCCGGUCUUCGCAUGCGGAUUCAUCUGCACUGGUACCUGUGAUUCCUAUUACCUCGCAGUCGUUAUUCUCGGAGAAAUCAACACCAGCGCAACCGAUCCGCAAGGAGGCUUUCCAGGCCUAGUUUGGUUAGCAAACAGAGAAAACCCCAUAAGAGAGAAUGGGACGUUGACUCUGACGUCCAAUGGAGAUUUAUUACUGCUAGAUUCUGAUGACACCAAGGUUUGGUCUACUGACACGUCCGGUAAGUCCAUUAUCGGCAUUAUCCUUCAAGACGAUGGAAAUCUUCAGCUUUACAGUGAAAAGUACACGGUUUGGGAGUCGUUUGACCACCCGACCGACACAUUACUCCCCGGUCAGAAGUUAUAUGAAGGCCGUCAGCUUAUCUCCAGCUCUUCAUCUAAGAAUUGGAGCAGAGGGCGGUACUACGCUGAAAUGACUUCAAGUGGUUUCGAUGCUUUUGUCAUAGCGGAUGCGCCAUUGAAGUAUGUUAAGUUGAUGCUUCAUGACGGUAACAGAUACGCAUCAGACACUCCAUAUCCGGGAGGGGUUAGGACCUCACCUUAUUCUCGAGGGUGUAAGCCCAUCUUUGGGUGCAGACCUUCUUCUCUACCCUCGCCAACCACCUAUGCUGCACUCUAUGAAGAAAACCUUGUCCUCAACAUUGAAGGAGAAAACUAUAGUCAGAGGGUAUCCACUGACUCUGUGGUUGGAUCCUAUCAGUACCUGAGGCUGGAUUUCGAUGGUCAUUUGAGGACUUACCAGUGGCAGAAAAACGAUGUUUUCCGUGAGGUUUAUGAUUUUGUAGUUCAACGUUGGGAUGAUUGCCAGUAUCCUCACGACUGUGGUGAUUAUGAAGUUUGCAGUGGAGGAGGCAAUUGCAGUUGUCUGAAGGCGGUAGAUGGGUUGGACUACUUCAAGCGAAACAGAGGACCAUUGCCAAACCAGGGAUGCUCUGAAAUCACUCCUUUAUCUUGCCAGAGUCCAUUAGAUCAUCACGAUCUUGUGGAUUUUGGAAACCUUUCGUACUUCAACUUCAUUGAUUCAGUUGCUGCCGUUCCGAAAUUGAAAGAUCUAGAAGGAUGCAAACAGCAACACUUCUGA